CCAAGGAAUGCAAGAGAGAGAUUUGAUCUCUUGGAAUUCUAUGAUGGUCUCCUAUGUCCAGGAUGCCAAGAGCUUGGAUGCCUUGGAAAUUUUAGCUGAAAUGAUAUCAACGGGAAAGGAAGUGAACUACAUAACUUUUACAUGUGCAUUGGCUGCAUGUUCAAAUCCUAAAUUUCUCAUUGAAGGGAAGAUUCUUCACGCCCUUAUAGUAGUUAGCGGAUUAUUUGAGUGGCCAAUUGUUGGUAAUGCAUUGGUUACCAUGUAUGCCAAAGCUGGUAUGAUGACAGAAGCUGAAAGAGUAUUGCAAACAAUGUCCAGGCAUGAGGUGGUAACUUGGAAUGCGCUUAUUGGUGGCCAUGUUGAGAAUGGUCAAACGGAUGAGGCAAUGAAGGCUUUUCAGUUAAUGAGAAAAGAAGGUAUAUCCGCAGACUAUAUUACAAUUACAAGUGUUCUUGGUGCUUGUGUGACUCCUAAUGACUUAAGGAAAUAUGGGACGCCCAUCCAUGCACAUAUAGUUUUGACCGGAUUCGAAUCAGAUAAAUACGUGCAGAAUUCACUUAUCACAAUGUAUGGCAAAUGUGCUGAUCUCGCAUCAAGCAAAUACAUAUUUGAUAGAUUAGCUCAUAAGAAUUCAAUUUCAUGGAACGCAUGUCUUGCUGGAAAUUCUAACCAUGGCCAUGGAGAAGAGGUUCUGAAACUCAUUGUGACAAUGAGAAGUGAUGGAGUGGAAUUAGACCAGUUUAGCUUCUCAGAAGGCCUUGCUGCUACUGCUAAGUUGGCGAUGCUGGAGGAAGGUCAACAGCUUCAUGGUUUGGCAGUAAAGCUCGGGUUUGAAGCCGAUUCCUUUGUUGCAAAUGCUGCUAUGGACAUGUAUGGUAAAUGUGGAGAAAUGGAUGAUGUGUUGAGGAUACUUUCUCCACCAGUGAAUCGCUCACGCUUAUCAUGGAACAUACUAAUAUCUGCAUUUGCCAGACAUGGCUAUUUCCAGGAAGCUAGGGAAACUUUUGAUGAAAUGCUCAAAAUGGGGAUAACGCCAGACCAUGUCACUUUUGUCUCUCUUCUCUCUGCCUGUAAUCAUGGGGGACUUGUAGAUGAGGGUCUUGCAUACUACUUUUCAAUGAGUAAAGACUUUGGUAUCCUACCAGGAAUAGAGCAUUGCGUGUGCAUAAUCGAUCUUCUUGGACGUUCAGGAAGACUGGACCAGGCAGAAACUUUCAUUGCUCAAAUGCCUGUUCCCCCAAAUGACCUUAUCUGGCGUAGCUUGUUAGCAGCAUCUAAACUACAUGGUAAUUUGGAUCUUGGGAGGAAAGCUGCUGAACGUUUAUUAGAAUUGGAUCCAUCGGAUGACUCUGCUUACGUUCUUUAUUCCAACGUUUGUGCAACUACUGGAAGGUGGGAAGAUGUAGAGAAUGUUAGGAAGCAAAUGGGAUCAAAUAACAUAAAGAAGCAACCGGCAUGCAGUUGGGUGAAAUUGAAGAACAGGGUAAGUUCAUUCGGAAUUGGAGAUCGAACACAUCCAGAGACCAAAGAGAUAUAUACAAAGUUGGGAGAGCUUAAGAAGAUGAUCAAAGAAGCUGGUUAUGUCCCUGAUACAAGCUACGCAUUGCAAGAUACAGAUGAAGAGCAGAAGGAGCACAACCUCUGGAACCACAGUGAGAGACUUGCUCUUGCAUUUGGGCUGAUUAACACUCCUCAAGGUACAACUAUUAGAAUUUUCAAGAACCUUCGUGUCUGCUGUGAUUGUCAUUCUGUUUACAAAUUUGUUAGUGAAAUAACCAGGAGGAAAAUUAUAUUGAGAGAUCCUUACAGGUUUCACCAUUUUAGUAGGGGUAAAUGUUCUUGUUGUGAUUAUUGGUGAUGAUGCUUACUUACAAGCUUGACAUAUAUAUAGCACAGAGAAACGGCGGGUAUAGGUAGAGUAGAGAAGUAAGCAAUCCCACCCAAUAUCAAAUAAAAAGGAAAUGAAGUUUCCUACUAAUCUUUGUUUACAUUCAUUAUAUUAAUUAAUUCAUGUAUUUAAUUCUAGAUUAAUCUAACUACAUUAG